AUGGCCACUCUCCAAAGAGCCAAGAAGGAAUUACGGAGCAGACUACGGAAGAUACUCUCAGAAGUAUCUAAAGAAUGCAUAACUGCCCAAUCCUCCGUCACGACAAGAAAUCUGCUGUCCCUGCCCGAGUAUCACGCUGCAAAAAGUCUCAGCAUCUACCUCUCAAUGCCAUCGGGAGAAAUAUCAACAACAGCUAUUGUCCGCGAUGCAUUCAGCAGAGGUAAACAGGUAUAUGUGCCAUAUCUUUAUCAAUCGGAUCCAAACACAGCUGCAACGCGGGACCGCGCAUCGGUUAUGGAAAUGCUGGCGUUGCGCUCACUUGAAGACUACGAAUCAUUACAACCGGACAAAUGGGGUAUCCCAUCACUAGAUGCGAGUACGAUUGCCAAUAGAAAGAAUUGUCUUGGUGGGUAUGGCAUUCCGACAACGACAACAAGUCAAUCAAGUAGUACAUCGACGGACGCAGAAGCAGAAGGUACGGGAUUGGACUUGAUUGUCAUGCCGGGAAUAGCUUUUGACGAACAGCUGAGAAGAUUGGGGCACGGGAAAGGGUACUAUGAUCAUUUCAUCAAUCGACUGAUGAAGAAAGGGGAGGUUAAUGUAGUCGAAGGCAAAACAAACAUGCGAAGGCCAUAUCUCGUCGCCUUGGCUCUGGGAGAGCAGCUUCUUCCCCCAGAUGAGAAGAUACCCGUCGCGGAGCAUGACUAUCCCAUGGAUGCCCUUGUCGUCGGAAAUGGGCGAAUUCUCACCAGCAGCAAGAAAGAAGCAACGUAG